AUGGAGGCAUCCGAAAUCUUCAAGGUGCUGGAUGACUAUAUUAUGAGUGUCACCUUCGGUAUUUACACGACACUCCUGGUCCUCAUCAAUAUUUCUUCCCAUUACAACACCAACCUUUUCCCCUCCGAACAACUCCCACAGAUACUGGCAGACCCCAAGGAUGUGGCGAAUCGAGUAUAUGGCAGCAAAAUCGUGAUAGGCCUGGAACAAUGCAUGCUCUUGUCGACGUGGGGUGUUAAAACAUGUCUUGUUGCCAUGUAUUGGAAGCUAACGAAGCUGCUGAGCUGGCAUCUCUUCGUUAAGCUCCUCGCCGGUUAUGUCCUGCUCGGCUUCAUUGUGAUUGAGAUUACCUACUUCGCCGUGUAUUGUCGACCGUUUUCCGAAUAUUGGGCUGUUCCACCUCAGAACCCACAGUGCGCAACAUAUCAACAUUAUUCCAUCACGCAAGCGGUAUUCAACCUUUCGUCGGAUGCGUGUAUGUUGAUCAUCCCGAUUCCUCUACUGAAAGGGACGCAGAUGUCGCUUCGCAAGAAGAUUCUCCUCAUCAGUGUCCUCGGGCUGGGAAUUUUCGUGAUGAUCGCCGCCAUCCUGAACAAAUAUUUUAAUUUCCACUCGCCGCUCACGACGAUCUAUCAGAUCUGGUAUAUUCGCGAAGCCAGCACCGCCAUCUACGUGGCCAACCUUAUGUGCUGGUGGCCCCUCCUGCGCAAGGUCUUCGGCAAUGUCUUGACACAAUAUCAUAGUCGAUACGCGACGAAGCAGGGACAUCCAUCACAUCCCUCCGGUGUCCUUUCCAGGGGGACCAGCUCCACAAAGCCUCCGCCCGAUCCGAAAUACAUGCAUUCCAAACGAUGGUGGCAACCCAAGGGCCAUGGGGAAUCCUCUUCUCAUGUAAUCUCUACAUCAACCAGUCAGGAGGCGAUCAAUUUGCCCGUUCGUGACCCUCAACCGGAAGGGCAAUUGGAGAUCUGGCGUAAGGUGGACUACAAUAUCGAAGAAAGCUAUGAUGCAAUGAAAUAA